CAACAUUUUGGAAAUUCGACGUUAUAGAAUAAAAAAGACGCCUAAAAUUAUGCUUUAUUUUUAAAUUCAAUUUCAGGAAAUAGCAAGUAGAGAUCACAAACGUUCAAUGAGCGGAAACUUUCAGAGCGGAAAUUCAUUUUUGUAAUUCAAAAUUUGCCUAAAUAAAAUUUAAUUCGUUAUGGUUGGCACAGAAAAAGCAACCCUAAUUGCGCAUUGUUGUUCCAAAAAGCAGAACAUACAAGCAAUAGUCUAAUCGUCAGUGGUAUGCUCAUUCAGACGAAGUUUGUCGACCAAAAAGGGUUUCACCAAUAACGGCAUAUGUAUAUCCUUGCCUACGGUCUGGCAUUUUUUUUCACACUAAUAUACAUACAGAUAUAUAUAGAAAUAAUAGAAAAGAAACAAUGGUGACAGCAUUAGCGAAGUAAAAACAGAAAGCUGUGAUAAAUCGAAAUAAUUUUGGUAAACAAAAUCAUCACUUAUAACCGAAAUUGUGAGAGGAUAAUGAAAUCAAAUGGAAAUAUGUAUUGAAAAUUCUAAUUUAAUUAAACAGCAAUUGUAAGGCAAAUGGGAAAAGAAUGAGAAGCGGAAACUUAAAGUCACAUAUGUAUUAAAAACGGUGAAAAAAAGUUUGGAAUCGUAUAGUGCGAAAGCUGCCGAACAAACAUGUACACACGAACACAUUCCUCAGAUGAAUUUAAAGCAUAUAUGUAAGAAACGAAUUGAUAACAAUCUCCAUUUAUGGUCGAUGGUUUAAAGUACAACGAACAACGAAAAUACAUAUUUUCCUUACAUCUUUUGAUAAUUACACGCUUUAAACGCUUUAAACGCUUCAACGCAGUUAUAAACAAGCUGAAAUAAAAAACAUACCUACCAACACAAUAUUCAAGAAUAUGAAGUGUUGAGAAAGCGGUCAAGCCAACCACAAGGACAACAACAAACACGAAACACACACGAAAGCAGCGCAGCAGAUCUUUUGCUAAUUAGAAAAGCGUUUGGAAAAAUUCGUAAAAAUUUUUGUACACAUGAAUAUGUUACAUACGUUCAGUGGCAGCGGUGGCGGUGGGGGAGGUGCGCACGGUGGCGAUUCUGGUGAUCUUGAACUCAAGGAGCGCCUAAUCGCCACCGUUAAGAAAGAGGUCAAACAAUUGAUGGAAGAGGCCGUCACCAAAAAGUAUAUACACGAGGAGAGCAGUUCGGUGACAUCACUUUGUGGCGCUGUUGAGGCUUGCCUGAGUCACGGUUUGCGUCGACGUGCUUUGGGUUUAUUUAAAACCUCCUCGACUACAGCGUUAAUACAGAAGAUUGCCAGAACUUGCCCGGAAGCUGAUUAUAUUAAUCGUUGUUUGUUGGAAAUCGAAAUGGUCAAUGAAGUGCAAACCGUCUCCGGCAAGCGUUCCUCUUCCAGCAGUGACAGUAUUAUAAAGCCGAAAUUGCUCAAUAAGGGCAGUAGUAAUUCGGUGACGACCAUCAAUACGAUGUCGUCUACAACUAGCGGCUGUGCCACUUCGGUGGUUAAAUAUUUAUGGAUACGCUUAGCUCUGUAUGAGCGUCGUCUUUCCAAAAUUAUUGAGUAUUUGGUGAAUAAUGCUACCAAUUUCUAUGAUCGUGAUGCGCUGGUCGCCGAUCCUGAUUAUGGUUCUAUACUUAGUUCACUCUUAGUCGGUCCCUGUGCGUUGGAGUUUACGCGCGCCAAGACGCCAGACCAUUACUGGUCGGAUCCGCAUGCUGAUGAGCUGGUUCAACGUCAUCGCAUUAGCUCUGGUAAUCGCACACCACCAAUAGUACAUCGUCCCAUUAUAAAUUUCAAGCGUAGUUUACAUACCAGUUCUGAAGACACCAGCAGCGGCUCGUAUAAAGCGAGUUCGCCGGCUAGUGUCGCCAAGGACUAUGUCGAGUCAUUGCAUCAGAACUCAAAAACUACACUAUUAUAUGGCAAAAAUAAUGUCUUAGUACUACCGAAGGACGUAAACGAGCCAAUGCCGGGCUAUUUGAGUCUACACCAAACUGUACAGUUCCUUACUAUUAAAUGGACACCAAAUCAGCUGAUGAAUGGUUAUCAAGAAGCUGAUGGCACCGAUAAAAGUUUCUAUUGGGCUUAUGCGCUCAACAUUAACGUUGAUGAGAUUGUCUAUGUACAUUGCCAUCAGAAUCGUGGUGAAGAUACUGGUGGCACUAUAAUAUUGGUUGGCCAAGAUGGUGUACAACAACCACCGAUACACUUUCCCGAAGGUGGUCAUAUGCAGGCAUUUCUUAGUUGUUUAGAAACCGGUUUGCUGCCACAUGGACAGUUGGAUCCACCGCUUUGGUCACAACGUGGCAUUGAGAAAAUGUUUCCAUGGCCAAAGAGUGUACGCCGCCGUAUAUUACCCUCUGUGAUGGAAUCCGCCGAUGAGACACCUAUCGAUUAUGUCUUCCGUGUUGUGAGCAAAAGUCAGCAUGAAGAGUUUUUGGCAACACAUCCCAUACUGGAGUUGGGCCGCACUAGUCCACGGCGUAAACAUUUGAGUAGCUGUUCGACAACUGGCAGUAGUGAUUGCUCUAGCAAAAGCUUAUCUAUGGAGCAGAGUGGUGGAGAUUCACCACUGAUCCAAGCAAGCCAAACUGCCAGCAUAGAGCUUGUCUGCUCAACAAUGCGCCGUCAGAUAAUAUCUCGAGCAUUUUAUGGCUGGUUGGCUUAUUGUCGUCAUCUAUCCACCGUGCGAACGCAUCUCUCCGGUUUGGUUAAUGGACGUAUUACACCAGAUCUGACCGCCGAUGAACAAGGACUGACCAAAGAAAAGUGGGCAGAGCUGCAAGUCGAUGGAGUUGUAACGAGCGAUAUGGAAGUCUUCCGUUUGGUAUAUUUCGGUGGUGUACAGCAUGAGAUACGGAAGGAGGUGUGGCCCUAUCUCUUAGGACACUACAGUUUUGGUUCCACACCGGAAGAACGCGAGAAAUACGAUGAUACCUGCAAACAUUACUAUGAAACUACAAUGAGUGAAUGGUUGGCUGUAGAGGCGAUAGUACGACAACGUGAGAAGGAGAAAAAUGCAAAAGCGGUUGCCAAAUUAACGGCAGAGAAGUCCCGACGUGCCGGCAAAUCAGUUUGUCGGCAACAUGAAAUGGAUAAUGAAGAGGUUGAAAAUGAUGUAUUUGAAGAUAUUUCGGAUAUGUCUGAUCCGGGUGAAGAUUUUGACGAAGAAACACCAAUGGAAAAAGAUGAAGAGGAUGUUUCUUCCAUUUCCAAAGUGGGCAAGCAGAAAAAUGGUAGCACAACCGAUUCAGGUAAUGUGGAAGAGGAUAUCGAACCAGUCGAACACACUGAUCUCACCGAUACAACGAAUGAAAAUGAACAAAACGAACCAGACGAUGAUACCAACGAAGUAUUAAUGCUUGAACAGAGUGAGCAUAUUGUAGUGGAAUUGGAAAAUAUUGAAGAAAUGGAGCCACUACAACUACAAGAGAAUUGUUUUGCCGACACAGACAACGAAGCGGGUCUUACACCUGAACAUACUGGUAAUAUUUUACUACUCAGUGUGAAGAGUUCACCCUCCACAUCCUCCUAUGAGACAGUGGGCAAUGAGUUUACCGAUAUUAACGAUCUGGCAACACCAAUGAAUAUUGUAGCCGAAUCGGAGACAAUGAAUUUCGGCGCGGUUAUAGAAGACACAGAGCAAGAAGAGGAUCCUUUAUCACAAGUGACAAAAUUCCAUAGCGCUGAUGAUUUACGGCGUGCAAUCGAUGAGUUCAACAUUGAUAUUGUAGACGAACAAACACGUGAUGCCGAAUCGAUGCCAACACAUGCGGUUAUCAUCACCGAAGCGGCCUCAUUCGAUGCGCUACAAUGUGAUGAUGAACUCACCGAGGAGAUGUCACGUAAGACGAGUCUCAUCUCACCGAUGAACGAGGAUAUAACUGUGGUGGCUUCAUUGGAUGCGUUGCAAGAACCGAAAUCGGCAUGUGUCUCACCGGCCAGCAGUAAUGGUGGUGUAUAUAGUAGCGAAUUGUUAGAGUCAUUCGGUUUGAAUUUGCAUCGCAUAGAGAAGGAUGUGCAGCGUUGCGAUCGCAAUUAUUGGUAUUUCGCUAAUGAGAAUCUAGAUAAACUCAGGAAUGUUAUAUCGACCUAUGUGUGGGAGCACUUGGAUAUCGGUUAUAUGCAGGGCAUGUGUGAUUUGGUUGCGCCCUUGCUCGUGAUAUUUGAUGAUGAGUCUCUCUGCUAUAGUUGUUUUUGUAAGCUAAUGGAACGCAUGAUAGAGAAUUUUCCGAAUGGCGGUGCCAUGGAUAUGCAUUUCGCGAAUAUGCGUUCGCUCAUACAAAUAUUGGACUCAGAGAUGUACGAUUUAAUGGAUUCAAACGGCGAUUAUACACAUUUCUAUUUCUGUUAUCGCUGGUUUUUGUUGGAUUUCAAGCGGGAGCUAGUUUAUGAUGAUGUCUUCGCGACUUGGGAAGUCAUAUGGGCAGCUAAGCAAGUUGCUUCCAGUCAUUUUGUACUCUUCCUCGCUUUGGCGCUGCUGGAAACGUAUCGCGAUAUAAUACUGUCGAAUAGCAUGGACUUCACUGAUGUCAUCAAGUUUUUCAAUGAAAUGGCCGAACGGCAUGAUGCCCGAUCCAUAUUGCAAUUGUCAAGGAGUCUCGUUUUACAAUUGCAGACAAUAAUCGAAAAUAAAUAAAAUUGAACAUACACACACAUACAUACAAAUA